AUGCCCCCCCGUAUUCCCCUCAGGCCUCUCGCCCGCGCCCACUCCACCUCCCCCUUCCCGCAUGGCUCCACUGCGCCCCAGGCUCUCACCGUCCCCAAUCUCCACCUUCGCAAGCACCCAAAGCGCCCCCCGCCCCCGCUCCCUCCCACCGACGCUCCCGAAGAGCAGCAGCUCCUCAAACCCCCACCCCUCAACCCCAUCAGCCUCAGUGCCAACCCGUGGGCAGAGUCUUAUGUUGUUGCAGAGGACGACAUCGAAGACUCCUUCAUAGAAGGCAUCACCGUCGAGGACGCCAGCUCCCCGAGCGAGGGGGGGCGAAGGAAAAGACACAAGCGCCGUCCAGACGAGCCCAUACACGAAAUCAAGUUUAGCGCCCAUGAGAAGGUCGUCAUCUACCAGAACUUUGUCUCAUUCACAUCGCACGGCCGCUCAGGCGUGAUCACCCACGCUCGUCUUCUUGACUCGUGCUCGUGUGGCCUUUGCCGUGACAAAUCUACUCGCCAAAAGAACACCACCACCGGCGAAUCAGUCCGAGAAAGCAAAAGGGUGAAGUUUGUAAAGGGGCAUGUCUCCUAUGGCCCAGUGCAAGUCCCGGCACUCCUUGCUUCGUGGAUCGGCCCCAAGAGAAACCGCAAUGAUGGGCAAUCUCACGUGUCCGUGUUCCCCGUAUCAAGACUGCGAGGAAUGAUAGAGUCAGACAACAACAGCUAUGCCCGUAGCCCCACUUUCGUCCGCCAAACUUGGGAUGGAGAAUCGCUACCCUUAACCAAUCUGCGCUUCAAGUACAGCGACCUGCCACGAUCGCUGUUCAAAGUGCUUGAACAAUUGCAAGUGUAUGGUAUCGCAGUCGUGGAGGGGGUGCCGACAGAUACCACUGGCAAUGAUGACUGCACUCUGCGGAAGGUGGCCAACAUGGUCGGAGAGAUUCGCAACACAUUCUAUGGGGAGACUUGGAAUGUGAAGAGCAUGAAGCAGAGCAAGAAUGUUGCCUACACUAGUGUCAAUCUGGGAUUGCAUAUGGACCUCCUCUACUUUUCCAGUCCUCCCCGCUUUCAACUCCUUCACUGUCUCCGCAAUCGUGUUGAAGGGGGCUCGUCCUACUUUGUCGACUCGUUCCGAGCCGUAAACGACCUCCCCAAAGAAAAGCGCAGAUUCCUCAGCUCCGUUACCAUCCCUUACCAGUAUGACAAUGAUGGUCAUUUCUUGCGCUACCGUCACCCCAUCAUCAGUCCCGACUAUGCCCCAAACAGCUUACAUGCCGCUGUCAACUGGAGCCCUCCCUUCCGAGGGUCUGCAGAAGCCCUUGACAUGCCCCAAGACGACAUCGUCGCAGCUGCCAAGCAAGAGUCCAAAGUCUUCCAAGCUAUCGCAGAUUUCGAAGAGCGCUUGAGCGAUCCUCGCUAUCGGUACGAGUUUACCAUGCAAGAAGGAGACUUGGUCCUGUUUGAUAAUCGACGAGUCUUACAUGCGCGAACAGCAUUCUACGAUAAAGAGUCGCCUGAGGGGGUGGUUGAGGCGGACAAGGACCACGAUGAGUCUGCAGACCCGACUCGGUGGUUGAAGGGGUGCUAUCUGGAUGGCGAAGUGGUCUGGGACAAGCUGGCAACGUUGCGGCUCGAGUCUUUGAGAAACUCGCAUAAUUCGCAGAGAAGGCGAAGAAAGUGGGGUGGCAAGAAGGAGGCCAGGGAUGAGGCUGUUGACGGCGAGAAGGAGAGGGAGGCUUGA